AUGUAACCAAGCUCGCGUAGCCGACCAAAUAUCCCAGGCGAACGUUAAUCGGCGACAUGAGGGCGGUAACGGUGUUUUGUGUAAUGUCACUUUACCUGGCCGCUGCGAAGGGUUCGGACAGUGACGACUUCAACGAUCAGCUGAUCGACUUCUCGCUGUAUCAGAUCUACCCUAGGAGCUUCAAGGACAGCGACGGUGAUGGCGUCGGGGAUCUUAAGGGUAUAAUGAGCAAGCUGGAUCACUUGAUCGAGUCGAACGUCGACGCGUUCUGGCUGUCCCCCAUGUAUCCAAGCCCUAUGGUCGACUUCGGCUACGAUAUUCAGAAUUUCACCGACGUCGAUCCGAUUUACGGCACGAUGCAGGAUUUCGACAGCCUGCUCGAGGCGGCGCACGAAAAAUCGCUCAAGCUGUUUCUGGAUUUGGUCCCGAAUCACAGCUCGGAUAAGCACGAAUGGUUCUACAAGAGCUUGCAAAACAUAAAGCCUUACAAUGAUUAUUACGUCUGGCACAAAGGACGUGUGCUGAAAAAUGGCACCAUCGUAGCGCCGAACAAUUGGGUGAGCGUUUUCGGGGGCCCAGCAUGGACGUGGCGAGACGAGCGACAAGCCUAUUAUUUUCACCAAUUCACGAAGGAACAGCCGGAUCUGAAUUACAACAACCAAAAGCUGGUGCGCGAGAUGAAGGAAGUCAUCAGGUUCUGGCUGAGAAAAGGCGUGGAUGGUUUCCGGGUGGACGCUGUUAAUCACCUCUGCGAGGACACCAGGUACCUGGACGAGCCUCUGACAGGCGACACUAACGACCCUAACAACUAUGGAUACACCGAGAAAAUCUACUCGAAGGAUCAACUACAAACCUACAAGAUAGUUUUGGGCUGGAGGCAAGUUAUGGAGGAAUUCGAGCAGCCUAGAUUCAUGAUGAUGGAGGCUUACACGAACGUCUCGAUGACGAUGAGAUAUUACGCUUACGGUGCACACUAUCCCUUUAACUUUGGAUUGAUCACGGAUAUGCAGAAGAAUUCGACAGCCGCUGAUUUCAAGAAUAUGGUCGAUUCCUGGAUGUCGAACAUGCCAGCUGGUAGCAUUCCUAACUGGGUGGCGGGAAAUCACGAUAAACCGAGGCUGGCGACGAGAUUCGGCCCCAAACGAGCUCGUGCCGUCACAUUGAUCUCGCUCCUGUUGCCAGGCGUCAGCGUCACUUACAACGGCGAAGAGAUUGGCAUGGAGGACACUUGGAUCUCGUGGGAGGAUACGGUGGAUCCUUCGGGGUGCAACGCCGGCAAAGACGGUUACGAGUCAGCUUCGAGGGAUCCGGCGAGAACGCCGUUCCAAUGGGAUGACUCCACUUCCGCAGGUUUCUCCACGAACCCGAAAACAUGGCUUCGAGUGAACGAUAAUUACCGAACCGUGAAUCUGGCCGCCGAGAAGGAGGACAGCCAGUCGUAUUAUAAUUUCUACAAGAAGGUCUCGUCGCUGAAGAAGUCGAAUAACUUCAAAGGAGGGAAACUAGUCACGAAGUUACUGAACAAGAACGUUUUCGCUUUCGCCAGGGAUUCCAGGAGCACCGGAUAUUACGUAGUAAUAAACUUCGGGGACAAGGAUGAAAUAGUGGAUUUAUCAGUGUUCGAUAACAUAUCGCGUCAAUCGCUUCUAUAUUACGACAUUGGUGCUGUUUUACCUUCGAGCUUGAACGUGACCGAUAUCACGAAGGUGCACGUUCCUGCGGAAGGAUACGCGGUCUACGUGGACGACAAGACCGUGUCUGCACUCCGGUAAACUCAGCCUAAGCACUUAUCCUUGUUCCUAUUUCUUUUUUUUUUUUUCCCUAACAAAACCACGAGAAAGAAUCUGCGCUGUAUCUACAUAUCUGUAUCUAUACGAAAUCUGGAACUGAGAAUGUAAGAAACGCUGUUCUUCGUGUUUACACGAUCCUCGCAAAAUAAAUGAAAA